CUAACGAGUUUGAUAGCUGUUGGCAAGAAUUUGAGAGGAGAGUGAAUUCAAAUUUUUCUUAUUGCUUGUUAUCUAAGCGAGGAGAGAGAGAGAGAGAGAGAGGAGAGGAGAGGAGAGAGAGAAGAUAGAGAUUCUAAAUUGCUUGGUCAUGCGAGAGAGAGCUUUUUUUAAAUUGCUUGCUUGUUCAUUAGAGAGGGGAAGAGAAUUUUAAAGUUGUUGGGUUGUUCAUUGAGAGAGAGAGCUCUUUAUUGUUGUGAGAGAGUUCUAAAAUUGCUUGUUCAUUGGAGAGAGAGAAGUUCAUCUCUUUAGCUGAAAGAGGUGGAAAGAGGGGGAGGGAGGAGGAGUCAUCUGCCUUAGCUCAGAGAGAGAAGGCAGCUUCAUCUUCCUUAGCUCUACUCAUCAUAUUUAAAAGGUGGGUCUAAAGUUUGUAGGCAUUGAGAUGAGAAUUCAUUUCAAAAUGAAGAGCUCAGAAGUUGCGCUUCUUCUUCUCCUCUUAUUGCACUUGCUGCAAUUUCACAGAGCGGAAGCUCAAGCAAAGAAGAGAGCAGAAGAAGUUAAUGUUGGGGUGGUGAUUGGUUUGAGGUCGAUGGUGGGGAAAUCGAUGAGAAUAGGGAUAGAAAUGGCCCUGCAAGACUUCUACACCGUCCACCCCAAUCACACCACCAGACUCAUCCUCCAUUGGAGGGACUCUAAACUAGACGUCGUCGAAGCUGCCUUGGCAGCCAUGGACCUGGUGAACAACACGGGCGUGAAAGCGAUCCUCGGACCCCAGACAUCGGCGGAAGCCGAGUUCCUCUCCGACCUCGGCAAAAAUUCUCAAAUCCCCAUUCUCUCACCUUCUGCAACCUCCCCUUCUCUCUCCUCAAUCCACACUCCCUACUUCAUUAGAGCCACCCUCAGUGACUCCACCCAAGCGAAAGCCAUCGCCUCUCUCUCUCUAGCCUACAAUUGGCGACAAGCCGUGGCCAUAUACGAAGAUACGGAGUAUGGAGCAGGGUUUAUACCCUACUUAACCGAUGCUCUCCAAGAAAGAGGCUCUCGCCUUCAAGACAGGGCCAUAAUCUCCUCUUCUUCCAGUGAUGAGUACAUAGGAGAGGAGUUAUAUAGACUCAUGACGAUGCAAACCAGAGUUUUCAUAGUCCACAUUACGUCACCAGUAGCUUCCCGAUUAUUUCGGAAGGCCCAAAAAAUCGGCAUGAUGAGCAAAGGCUACGCCUGGAUUAUAACGGAUGGGCUCGCGAGUUUAUUGAGCUCCUUGAACCCUUUGGUAUUAGCAACAAUGCGAGGGGUAAUCGGGGUAAAACCGUACGUGCCGGAAUCGAAGGGCUUAGCCGAUUUAUCGGCGAGAUGGAAACCAAGAUAUAAAAUGGAGUUCAAAAAUGAGGCCCACAAUAAAAUACCGGAGGUUAAUAUUUUCGGAUUGAGGGCUUAUGAUGCGGCUUGGGCGUUGGCGCAGUCUGUUGAAACUCUCGGGAAUUUAUCGGAGAAUAAAUUGUCAGCCCCGAGAGCAUUUCCGGCGGGCUUGGAGCUCUUGAAUGCGAUAUUAAGGACUAAAUUCUCGGGAUUAAGUGGUGAUUUCCGAUUAAUUAACGGCGAGCUCCAAGCCUCAACAUUUCAAAUAGUCAAUGUUGCCGAAAAACUCAGCGGUAAAUUGGAUGCGGAAGUCAUCGGUUAUUGGUCGCCCGAUCACGGCCUCUCAAAAAAUCUGACCGUCCACAUGGCGGAACGUUACAGCAUCCACGCUGACGAUUUGCGGCCGUUGAUCUGGCCGGGAGAAUCGACGGUGGUGCCGAAGGGUUGGGUGGUCCCCACAAACGGGAAGAAAUUGAGGAUUGGGGUUCCCGUCAAGCCAGGCUUUACGGAGUUUGUGAAGGUGGAACGGAAUCCCUUAGACAACAGAGUAACGGUAAUGGGGUUUUCAAAGGACGUUUUCACGGCCGUUCUUGAUGCCUUGCCCUAUGCGUUACCAUAUGAAUUUGUUCCUUUCGGAGAGCCUAACGGUGAGAACUUCACCUACGAUGAGUUACUCUAUCAAGUCUAUAACGAGAAGUACGAUGCAGUCAUGGGCGACACCACGAUUAUAGCGAAUCGAUCAAAAUACGUCGACUUUACGUUACCAUACACAGACUCGGGUGUAGUACUGGUGGUUCCAAAGAUGCCAGAGGAAAGCAAGAAUGCAUGGGUGUUCCUGAAGCCAUUGACAUGGGAGAUGUGGAUGACAAGUGCAAUAUUCUUCGUCUUAACCGGAUUCGUGGUGUGGGUCUUAGAGCAUCCUGAAAACAGAGAUUUUAGAGGGCCUUUGUGGCAUCAAGUUGGAGUAGUCUUCUGGUUUGCCUUCUCAACUAUGGUCUUUUCUCACAAGGAAAAAGUGGUGAGCAACUUGGGCCGGCUUGUGGUUAUCAUAUGGUUGUUUGUGGUGCUGAUACUUACAUCAAGUUACACAGCCAGCUUAACUUCUUUACUCACAGUUCAACGAUUGAAGCCUACUGUAACUGACCUUAACACAUUAAUAGAAAGAGGGGAAUACAUUGGGUUUCAGUUUGGGUCAUUUGUGCCUGAACUUUUGAUGCACAUGACCUCUAAAGAUGUAAAGCUCAGGCGUUACAAUUCUCCUCAAGAAUAUGCAGAUGCCCUUUCAAAGGGAAGUAAGAAUGGAGGAGUUGGUGGAAUAGUGGAUGAGAUACCCUACAUUAAGCUUUUCCUCUCUCGCUAUUGCGAGCAAUACACAAUGGUUGGACCGACUUACCCAACUGCUGGUUUUGGUUUUGCAUUCCCAAGAAGUUCUCCUCUACUACCGGACAUCUCAAGAGCUAUACUAAAUGUAACUGAAGGAGAUCAAAUGUCAAGGAUUGAAGCAGCUUGGUUAGGCGCUCAAACAACGUGCUCUGACUCUUCGACCACCUUGUCAUCUGAAAGCUUGGAUGUCAAUAGUUUUCAGGGCCUCUUUCAAAUCACUGGAUUGGCUUCCACAUUGGCUCUCACAAUCUCCUUAAUCCUAUUUGUGUUUGACUAUUGUAAAAGACCUCGCAGAGAGAAUGUACCCACUCAAAGAAGGCUAUUGCAUAGAAUGGUCUCCAUGGUUAGAUACUUUGAUGAGAAGGUUCCAUCACCUCACGUGUUAGAGAGGUAAGAGAAAGAGAUAGAGUGGGGGAAAUAGAGAGGAAGGGAAAGAGAAAUGGAGAGAGAAGAAGAAGAGAGGAAGAUGGGGGAGCAGGUGCACCUGUUCUUAGAGGAAACCGAGAAAGUGAGAAUAGACUUGUUGAGAAUUGAGGAGAUUAGGGGAGAAUUUGAAGAAGGGGAAGUAUUCUAUGUUCACACUUGGGUUUCCUAUGGUUUGCUGGAGGCUCUCCAACCAUCUAAUAUGAGCAAGGGACUGCAGCGAUGUGUCGCUCCUUCUAUCAAAGUUCAUUAAAAGUAAUUGAGGGAGUUUCAGGGGAGGACAAAUUCUCCAACUGUCGUUGUUGGCAUCCAAUGAUAGGCAUGGUGCGAACAAAUUGUAGGAAAAUGUGCUUGGAUUGCAUUCCAACCACCCUUCAAAGAAUUGUCCAUUUCAUGUUAAGAAUCUGAAUUUAUCGUUUUCAAGUGAAUAAUUAUUUGGGCUCAUCCAAGGGUUGUGAUCUAUGCUACCAUCAAUUAGUAUGGUGUUUAUUGUCGGACGGAA